UUAUCAAACUCUCCAUUAUCGACAGAAAACAAAUAAUCAUAAACCAUAUAAUGUCUUGUUCAAUUAAUUGUGCAGUUACAAUAAUAUUCUUGUGCAUUUUGGCUGCUGGUCCCAUUUCUAUAGCCAAGAAGGAUGAUAACAAAUUAGUAACUUUCACAGCUUCUCAUUAUAAAGAUGCACUUGGCAAAGCUAUUUUAUUCUUUGAAGGACAACGUUCUGGUAAAUUGCCAGUUUCUCAAAGAGUCAAAUGGAGAGGAGAUUCUGCACUCAUCGAUGGCAAGCUCGAAAAUGUGAACUUGAUUGGAGGCUACUAUGAUGCUGGUGACAAUGUGAAAUUUGGAUGGCCUAUGGCUUUUUCUUUAACCUUGUUGAGUUGGGCUGCUGUUGAAUACCCAACACAGAUCUCUUCAGUAAACCAACUUCCCCAUCUUCAACGUGCAAUUCGAUGGGGCAUAAAUUUCUUAAUGCGAGCCCAUACUUCAAGUACCACUCUCUAUACUCAGGUUGGAGAUGGAAAUGCUGAUCACCAGUGUUGGGAGAGACCUGAAGACAUGGAUACUCCUCGAACAUUAUACAAAAUCACAUCAAGUUCUCCAGGAACUGAGGUGGCAGCUGACGUAGCAGCUGCCUUUGCUGCUGCAUCAAUUGUUUUCAAACAAAUAGAUUCCAACUAUUCUACCAAGUUGUUACGAAGAUCAAAAUCUCUCUUUGCUUUUGCGGACAAGUAUAGAGGAUCUUAUCAGGCUUCUUGCCCUUUUUACUGCUCUUUGUCGGGCUAUCAGGAUGAAUUGCUGUGGGCUGCUGCUUGGCUAUACAAGGCAGGUGGAGGAAAAAGGUAUUUAAAUUAUGCUUCAAAUAACCAAGGCUGGAGUCAAGUUGCCUCUGAAUUCAGUUGGGAUAACAAGUUUGCUGGAGCUCAAACUUUACUAGCUAAGGAGUUCCUUCAUGGAAAGAGCAAUUUGGAGAAGUUCAAGAAAGAUGCUGAUUCAUUUAUUUGUGCAUUGAUGCCAGGAAGUAGUUCUGUACAGAUAAAGACAACCCCUGGUGGACUUCUAUAUAUUAGAGAUAGUAGCAAUUUGCAAUAUGUGACUGGUGCCACCAUGGUACUUUUUAUGUACUCUAAAGUCCUUGAGGCAGCUGGAACAGGGGGAAUUACAUGUGGUUCUGUUAAUUUUUCCACCUCCAAGAUCAAAGCCUUUGCAAAAUUACAGGUAGACUACAUACUUGGAAACAAUCCGCUAAAAAUGUCAUACAUGGUGGGCUUUAGCAACAAAUAUCCAACACAGCUCCACCAUAGAGCCUCAUCACUCCCUUCAAUUUAUAACCAUCCAACCAGGGUUGGCUGCAACGAUGGCUAUAGCUCAUGGUACAAUUCUAACAAUCCAAAUCCAAACACACAUGUCGGCGCGAUCGUCGGUGGGCCAAAUUCUGGAGACCAGUUCGUUGAUUCGAGAUCAGAUUACUCUCAUUCUGAACCCACGACUUAUAUGAAUGCAGCUUUUGUAGGAUCUGUGGCCGCUUUGAUUGGCCAUGCAGAGCACUUUGAGCAAAUUAAUUCACAAUUUAACAAACCAACAAAUUAGCACGAAGAACAUAUCACAGCAAAGAAGUGACUGUUGCAAUAAAUAAGUGAAACAUAUGCAUGUACAUAUAAUAUAGUAUUACAAUAUGUGGUCCUUGGUGUGGGCCGUAGGGUGAUUAGAUUACUGUACCUAAACUAGCUGAUCAUCCUACAGGUUCAUUAUUCAAUAAAAUUAUACUCUAAUUAAUGCC